CCGAGCUCACGAGAGCCGAGAUUCGCGCCGUGUCACUCUACCACACGCAUAUCAUGAACGGGGCCAGGUUAGACGACUAAUCCGGAAAUCUUCCGUUUCGGCGGCUGUGAAAAGUGCACGGGACUAUGCUGGAGAAGAAAAUGAUUGCUCCGACGUUUAAAGCGUUGUCGGCAAAGCCAGGUGUAUGGUCCCCGGGAAGUGAACCGCCGAAACUACCGAGACAGCCCAGUCCAGAGGGCAACAGAGACGGAAAAGAUGAGUCGAUCCCACCAGUUUGGACUCCAUCAAGCGCGGGUCCGAGUCCAGUUGCCGAGAGAAAAGAAUUUCGCCCAGUACCCUUUGAAAGUCCUAUUUUGAGCAGAAAGAAGAGCGCUCAGUCGGCAGCGAAGGCAGAUACGAUACCGCCGCCCUGGCAAGACGAAAACCAACCGAAGGAAGCUUCUCAAGUUCCCUCGCAGAGCAUCCCCUCGCGGAUUGUCAAUUCCUACUCAGCCCCGUCUCAAGGCUUGAAUGCACUCUCGGCGGGUGCGCCCCGGCUGCCAAGGGCACAAAAUCCGACCAUUACUCUGCUGCAGAAAGCGAGAGAAGGACACUUGCCAAAAGGAGCAGCCUACUUGGAUGAUAAUGAUCAUUUCGUUUCUAACAAAAGUGAUGAUAAGCCGCUGUUGAGCUCUGUUGAUUCUUUCUAUUCAUUGAAGAAGGACUACGAGAGCGAGCAGGAGACGGACAAUUUUCCGACACAGAAGGUAGCUGAUCCUGUCUUCCGUAAAUACGAGGGUAUUGGUCCGACAACUAGAGGUGGGAUACCCAUCGUUUUGAGAUCUGAAGUCAAAGAAAACAACCAAGCAAAGUGGUACAAGCAAAUGUAUGAUUCUCUUCAUCGCGCUCCCAAAAACGACGACUACGUAACCAUCCGCUACAAGCCGCAUCGAGGCUCGAGAACCGGCUACAGCGGUACAUCGAGUGGAUAUCUGAGCGAACCGGAACCUCGUAGCUAUUCCGAGAGAUCCUGUACCCUUGACAAUCGCCGGCACAGGCAGCGCAACAAGGAAAAUGAUUUCUCUACGUGUACUUUGCCUAGGCCAAGCGGACGGAUAGAUGGUCAUUAUUCUCCAGAAACGUAUCAUCUUCAGCCGGGUAGAAUAGAAGAUUACGUCCCGGGAAAUUGCUCGAUUCAAGAAAAGGAAUCCAAAGAGUGGUGGGACGAGGUCAUGGACAUAUUUGAUGGGCCAUUCGAACAGCCCAACAUACAUUCGCCUAAGUCUUAUAUGACUCAUGCAUUGAAGGAGUCUGGCUACGAAAGUGACUCGACGCUCGUAUUCCGUCGACGCGAAGAUGCUAGUCCACUGAGUCCUCUUGAACAGAGGAUAGCGUACAAAACCGUUCAGAAAGGUGGCGACGUUCCUCUUCAUGGUCUUCGUAAACCGGCUCCGGAGCGUCCCAAAGAGAUAUCAGUGCAAGUGCUGCAUUCACGACACACGUACAUUCACCUGGUCAAUAAAAGAAAAAAAAAGUUAAACAGAAGUAUGGAGCAGUGCACGCUUGUACUACUUCCGGAACAAUGAACAGUCAUCUAUCAAUUCGACUACACUUUAUUCUUGACCACGAGAUCUUGGUAACAGGGAAAGUGGUGAUCUUACGGAUUGGCUUCACUCUACUACUCUCAUAAAAAAAAAAA